AAGAGGCGAAAACGCCAAAAAAAGGAGAAGUACAAAACACUCCAUGUCCUAAAAACCAAAUAAAGAAUUAAAAGAAAAAAAAACCACCCAGAUAAAGGUUAGGGUUAGAUUUAAGCACAGAAGAGGAAGAGCAGUGAAAUUGGAGGCGGUGCCUACGAAGGAAUAUGUCGAAGAAGAAUAAUUUAUCUCGUAGGAAAAAGCAGCACGAAUUCGAUCUCCAAAGGGAGAGAGAAGAGAAAGACAAGAAGGUUAAGAAGCUUCAAGCGAAGAAGAAUAAGAUGAAGGUUGAUGGUAGUGAGAAGAAAAAGAAGAAAGGUGGAAGUGGGUUUCAAGUAGGGAAAAGAAAAUUGAAGACCAAGUUAACUGAAGUUGCUAAAGCUAAAGCAGCUCAAGCAAUGGAGCUUGACAAAUGAGCUUCAUGGUUAUGUAAUUUUAGAGGGAAUAUUCAAUAUCCUCUUCUUCUUCUUUUUAUUUCUGUUAAAUUUUGAUUAUUGAGAUGAAUGCAUAUGUUAGCUUGAGAAAUGAGAAUCUUUUUGGGUAUGACAGCAUAAUAUUGGUUAAUGAAUCUAUUUUAGCAAA